AGCAGCUGGAAAAUCAAACUCUAGUUUGGAAAAAAAUGAAAAGAAAGAUGAAAAAGAAAGUAAGCCUGAUACAAAAAUGAUGACUGUAAAGGAUCUAAAAAUGGAUUCUCAGACUUUGCAAGCAGUUUCUAGACCUGAAUCAAAAACUUGCAACCCACCAAGACAAAUUGAUGAUAGAGCUUUGAAAGAUGCUGGUAAUAAACCAGGAAUCAUAGAACAAGAUAAUUCUCCAGCAAGUCAAACCUCUUCUAAUAAUCAGAGAGUGCUUCAUACUGGUCCAUUGCAGCCUCCUGUAAGUCAUAAUAAAAUUAGGGGUCCAGCUACUCAGCAACAGGUGCCUUCCACUCCACAACAGGCUCCUCAGUCUCCAUCUCAGCAGCAGCUACAAUUCCAUGGAGGUCAACAGCAGGCUCCAAUCAGGCAAUUACCAAAGUUGCAUCCCAGUGGACCUCCAACAGGACAGAUAUUGUCAGGUCUACAGAGUCCUAACUUCCAACAAAGUCCUCCUCAGACACCUCCUAAUGUAACUUUACCACCCCAUUCAGUGGCUUUUUCAAAAGCUCCAACAUUACAGGACAAUCCCUCUUUUUUGCACCCGAAUCCAAAUACUCCAGCUCAACAAAAUAGAUUUGGAGGUCCACCUCCUCCUGGACCCAACUCUGGAAUAUUUUCUCAAGGACAGCCUGCUAUGCCUCCUGGUUCACAAGCUCCCCGUUUUGGACCCCCAAAUUCUUUUGGUGCACCUCUUCCUCCACAGUCUCAAAGGCCUCCUGUACCUGGAACAUAUGGACCUCCAAAUCCUCCACCUCCCCAAGGACCAGGGAAUUUUCCACAAUCAUCUACUUCCUCACCUUCUCAGUUCAGUGGCUAUAACCAACAACCUUCCCAUCAAAAUGCAGGAAACUUUCCACAGAAUCAACCUCCUGCUCAAAAUUAUGGAGGACCUCCUGCCCCUCCACAAGUAGCACCCUUUGGUCAGCCCCAUGCACAGCCACCUCAAAUAAACUCUGGACCAUUUGGCAAUGUGCCUAAUUCAAAAGUUCCUAAUAGACCCCCUGCUACACCAAAUUCAUUUGGGGGACCACCUCCUCCACUACAGAUGGCAAAUUUUGGAGGUUCCACCCAGUCUUCACAUCAUGUUCCACCUUCUGCACCUGGAAGCUUUCCAGGACAACCCCAGAUAUUGCCUCCCCAGUCAUCAGCUACAUUUGGAAUGCCAUCAGGUGGACCUACUCCCCAAAUGACUCAUGCAGGGAGUAUAUAUGGAAUGCCUCCUCAACAACCUGGUUCACUUUUGCCUUCUCCUAUUAAGCCCGGAGAAGAAAGAAAUGUGUUUGGAAAAUAUGGUCAAGUUGUUCUGAAGGAGAAGACUGCGAUCAAGCAGGAAAAUUCCUCAUUGGACUAUGAUCCAUCAAUGCCCACAGAAGGUGACUCACCAGUUAAACUUGCCUUUGAUGAUGACAUCAAGCUAGAAAGAGACCAGAAAUCCUUACAUGUUGCUAUGCAGAUGAGAGCAAGUGGUAGCAGAGUAGGGAAAAAAAGACCAUCAGUGUUUGAUGAUACUGAGGAAGAAUCCACUCCAGUUUCUCCCCCAGAGGAUCCGGACACAGUGGUACUGGUGGAACAGAUGGCCUCCUUUUUUGCCCAGUGCUCUCCUGAAAAAGAAAAGCAGGCCCUGGAAGACUACAGGGAUAAUUCUGUGUUCUGGUUUCUGUAUGAAGAAACAAGUCAUGCACACCAGUACUUCAGGUUCAAAGUGGCAGAACUUAAGAAACAAAUGGGGGAUGGGAGUGAAGCUGAUAUGGAGGAAGUGGAUGGUAAAUCUGCUUCCGGAUUUAAAUUGAGGAAGAAAAAGAAGAGUAGGUGGGGUCCUCAGGAUGAUCAGCAGUCAAUCCAUCCUGUGGGAAUACCCUUCUCACAGGGUGUUGGCACAAAUGUUGUUAAAGCUAGGCCACCUCAAGUGACUUUGCAGGACUUUGCAAGGAAAAUGGUUGGUAGUGAUUCAUUGAACGAGGAUCAGAUAAAGCAAAUUCGUCACCAGCAAGAGAUGAACAUGAUGUAUGAGUUAAUUUUGGCCAAAAAGAAGGUAGAAGAAGCAGCUCUGAUGGCAGAGAUGACAUUAAUAUCCUCAGGUCCUGCAAAGAAAAAUAAAUAUGAGUAUGAUUCUGAUGAGGAAACUGAAGGCGGGACCUGGGAACACAAGCAGAGAAUGUCAGAAAUGGAAGCCACAAAAGAAUGGGCAGAAGCUCUAACAGAAGCUAACAAGGGAAAACAUUUUAUUGGUGAUUUCUUGCCUCCAGAUGAAUUGGAAAGAUUCAUGGAAACAUUCAGGGCAUUGAAAGAGGGCAGAGAACCUGAUUUGACUGAUUACAAAGAUUUUAAGCUGACCUGUGAAAACCUUGGGUACAAGAUGCUUCAGAAGUUGGGUUGGAAGGAAGGAGAAGGUUUAGGUGCUGAGGGUCAGGGUAUCAAGGAUCCAAUCAACAAAGGUUCGGUUUCAGUGGAUGGUAGAGGCAUUGGGAUGGAAAGACCAGCAGUCCUUGAGAAAGAUGAUGAUGAAUUUGAUGCCUACAGGAAGAGGAUGAUGCUGGCAUAUAGAUUUAGACCAAACCCUCUGAAUAAUCCAAGGAGACCUUACUAUUGAUAUGAAAGUAACAUCAUGUUGGCUAUAUGAAGAGAGUGCCAUCUUUUGUGUAAAUACAAAGAUUAAUAGAUAUGUGUAUAUGAAAGUCCAGGAGUGAAUAACAGACAGACAUCAUUAAAAAUAUUUUUGUUUGAUGUAUCCCAGCCCACUUUUUCAAUGUCUGUAUUAGGUAGUUAUUAUCAUUAAGGUCUUGCAUCUUCAGCAGAAGAUCUUAGUGUUAUUGUUAGGUUUCUUUUCCACUAUUAUAUUAUUAUUUUUAUUAUUAUUAUAGUAUUUUUUUUCUAUUUUGUGCACGUGGGGUUCUUGAGAACGGCUCGUUCAGUUUUCAUGAAAAUUUCAGGUCUGAUAGAAAAAUAAAAAAAUUAGAUAUAAUAAAUUUUUUCACAGGAGCCUGAAGUUUUUGUCGUCAAAAGAAAAACUCUGGAAAAAAAUUUCCCACCCUCAAGUAAAAAAAUGCCAAGAUGGCAAUGUGUUUUAGAGGGACCCACCUAAACAAAUAGAUCUGGGUUUGGCCAGAAAAAUUUCGUGACUAAUUCAGUAUCUGGAGUGUUUGUGCUACCUAUUCAAGUUAAAAAAUCCAAUCUGCUUGACAACUUCGGGCCAUGCAUGGCCCUUUUUCCACUUUGACAGCUCAUCCUGGACUCCAUGCCACUUAACUGGAAGUGAAUCCCGAAGUGCUUCGUACAGGAUUAUUGCUUCUAAAACUUUCAAUCGAAAAGUAUACCCUGAGAAAUUACAUACUUUAUAUAGCUUCUAAUUUAAACAACUUUUAUGAAAACUAAAGAAAAAAUAAAAGUUAAAUGUGCUAAAGAAAAAUAUUGGGUAGGAAGGAUUUUGACAGAUGGGUCAGAAUACAUUUAACAAAUCAAUUUUUAUUAUUGGCCUCAGUCUUAAUCAUGUGGGUCAUUUGAUCCAUAGGCACUGGUGACUUAUAGUUUUGAAAACAAUGAUUGAACACUUUUAAUAAUUGCAUGUCAGUUAUUGAUUUCCUUCUUAAUCAGUAAAUGGUAGUUUUGGGCAGUCUUUUAUCUCUAUUGGGCAAAGGUGCAGGCCUUUAGAUCGCUUAGAAAAAAAACUGAGGUGUUAAAAAAACAUAUCUUUUUUUACACACAAAUUUUUUUAAGCGAUCCAAAGGCCUGUGGGUAAAGGCCAGAAAAGUGAUGGUAAGCUGUCAAUAUAUCCUACAUGUUUCAACAGAUUUCUUAUUUUACUUACUUAUUUAAGAGAUAAUGUGACACUGUAUUGUGUAAGUAUAAAGUUUUUUUACUUGAUAUUUAUUAAUUGGCUCAUUACCGAGUUCAUAACAUGAAUUUCUGGUACAAAUAAGAAGAUAUGUAUCUUUUCAAGUAUUUUACAAUAAGAAUUGAGUUUAACAUGAUUUAACGAGGCCGAGUCUAAUUAUUUUUACCUUAGGGAUUUUGAUAGUUUUUCGUUAGUUAAUAUUUACUGUUAUAUUUAUUGUUUUAAGAUUGAAAAAUCAAAUGUUUACCACCCCAAUUUCUUAGGGGCCAUCUAAAAAAUUGUCAAAUUUUACUAUUGGAUCCUAUGGGAAUUUGUUGGAAUAGUGCCAAAUUAUCACAUUUUUCCCAUAUUCUUUGUAUUUCUGUCCUUAGAGAUUUCUUUUUCAGUCAAGUAUAUGAAAGUUAUUGUAAAAAGUCACCAAAUUGUGGAAUUUCAAAAAAGUUUACCAUUUUGGUUGAUCUAGGUCUUAAGAGCCAUUCUCUGUAAUGAUUUGAAAUUUUAUAUAGGAGCUGUGGCACGCUUAGUCUCAGAAUUUCUCCAAACUCUCUAUGAUAAAAGUUAUUGAUACCCUAAACUGAAAUCAGGCAAAAAUUGGUUGCUAUGUUUUAUAGUUACCAUGGCAACAUGUCUUAAAGUACGAAAAAUGGCAUUUUUUAACAUGUUUUGAGCCUCAUAGUUAACAUUUGCGGCAAAGCAAACAAUUGGCAAUGACUGUUUCCAAACGUUGAAGGUCAGAUGUCUCAAAUGCAUGAUAAACAUGUUUGGUAAAUCAACUAUUACAUAUGUUACUAUGGUAACAAAGUAUUCAAAAGUAAAAAAAAUAUUCAUUGAAUUUUAUAAAGUCAUACACGUUAAAAUAAAAAGCAGUUAUGGGAUGAAAUGUGACCAAAUAAUAGAAAAAAGAGCCUUGGAACAUAUACCAAGAACAACAUAUGGUAUUUCAUUUUGGUUGGCAAUGGUUGCCAAGGUUUUUAUACCACAGAGAGCCUUCAAAGUAACACUCUGUAUGUUUAAAUCUGAUCCUAUCUUUUAAAAAAGCACAUUUCCUCACAACUAAUGAUCAAUUUUUAAAGAUGUUGGUGUGCUCCUAGUUUUCCCAUUUGAAAAAAUUCAGAUUAGAUUCUUUAAAUAGAGCGUUGCUAUGGAAAUAAGCAGAAAAUACAUGCUUAAAAACCUGAAAAAUAUUUUCUUUCCUUGGAUACGUACCCUUAAAUGUAGAUACCCAAAACUUUUAUGAUUGAUAUUUAUUAACAGCUAACCUGACUUUUAAUUUUGACUAUCAUCCAAUCUCUAAGUGGAUGCAAGAAGUUGGCACACAGGGUUUAAUAUUGAUAUAAAGUUCACAAAAUCGAACAUUUUCCCUUCUUGGUAACCAUAGCAACAGUGUUGUUUUCUUCAUCAAAUUUUAUCAAUAUAUGAUAUUCAACUUCAGUUCUAACAGAUAAGUACUAUUCAAGCUGAGUGAGUCCUUUAAUUUGUUUCUUGAUUAAAUGGCAAUUUAAUUCUUAAUGCAGCGAAAAAUAAUUCACUUUUAAGCACUGGUACUUUGUUUCCAUGGUAACACUGCAAAGUAGCAAUUAUACCCAAUUUUUCUUAUGGUUUUGGUGUUGCAAGGUCCUAAAGAUGCAUAUUUGCCAGUCUUGAAUUUUCAUGUUUUUCCUGAAGACAGUAGCAUUAACCCAAUCUUAGUUACUGGUUUUGCAUGGUUACACUGUGUUACCAUGGUAACCAUAAAAGUUAUUCAUAGAAUAAUAUUGCUUAUACUUAUAUAGUUAAGGUCAAACAUUUUCAUUGUUUUUCUUAAGUUGCUGAUUGAGUUUGAGCAUGUAACACCUACCAUUAGUGAAUACGGAGUGUUUUUCAGCAUAUUUCAGCAUCUUAAUUGUAUUCCAAAUGUACCCUUGGUUACCACUUAUUUAGAGAUAUAUUCUAAACAGUUUCUUUACAAUAUAAGUGACAUCAAGGUGUCAUGUUUUUGUGAGAAUGGUUUGUUUGCUUUUUCUAGUUUUUAUUAAGCCACAGUCAAGAUUUAAAGUAGCUGAAAAUCUCGAUUUUUCAAACUUUUUCGGCUGUAGCCAUAGCAACCGAGACACAUAGCAACGAAAUUUUGUUUGAUAUUUGUUUCUGGUGUCAAGUUCUAAGCUUGGGUGAAGUUUCAUCAAAAUCGGUGACCAUGCGUGGCAACGAAGUUUAAGUGGUUACAGAGAAUGACUAUUAAUUACAAAGUUUAUUUUUUUGAUGAAUAAUACCUCUAAAAUAGCCAUAUUGCAGUAUAAAUACAUAUCUGUGCUGAUGAAUUAUCGGCGCAGAUAAUUUUUUUUGGUUAAAAAAUAGCAAUAUUUAGAUUGCUAGUAUGUUUCUUUUGAUGUUCUGUCAUCAGUUAUUAGUAUAAUAUCCAUGGACGUCUACGAACAUAUAAGCGAGUCGUGAGUCAUUCAUCAGUGUCAUGCAUUGCUUACAAAAUUGGAAAACAGUGACGUCGUUAGAGCCAUUUCAGCGUUUUUUUCUAAUAAUUGUCGUAAAAUCACAUUUUCAGACCAGAAGGCUUUACAGAUAAUGUUAAUUUUAUAUCAAAUUACAAUAUUUUGGAAAGGUGUACUGUCGCACUUAUGACUGCAUGAAAAUAAAAAGCUGCACAGUUUCAAACACACUCGAAUUAGACUCAGCCUCAUUAAGCUAAUAAUAUUUUAUUCCACACUGAAGUCAACUUGUACACAAGUUGUGAACAUGUUAUAAAUUUUGAAGAAAAAAAAAUUCUGAAAGCUCAAAAGAGAAAUAUUUUUAAAAGAUGCUUGAAUUUCUGAUUGUACCGACAAUAUCUAUGUGGUUUUUAUAUGCCCAUCUUCAGACGGGACGUAUUAUGUUAUACAUGUAGUGUUCAUGUCCGUCCAUCCGUCUUUUAGCUUUAUUGUGUCCAAUUCAUAACUUUAAUACUAUUAGCCCUAGAAAUAAUAUCAAACUUUGUCACCUGAUACAUAUUGAGUAGAAGAUUAAUAUUUCAUGUAUUUUAAUUAUCCCCUCUCGCAACUAGAUACGGAGGGGAUAUAGCAUCGUGAAUGUGCGUAUGUGUAUGUGUUAGUGUGUCCAUUACAGCUUGUGGGCAAGAUUUACAGAGAACCUUUUCAUUAACCACUCUCAGCCUUUAAAUACUUAUGUGGCACUAUAAAAGGAUGAAGCCUAUUCAUUUUCAAAUUUAUCAAUAGAAUAUUUCUUAAAAUAUAGCAUUUUUACUACCUCCUAACCCUGAAAUUUUAUGUACGACUUGACAAUGCUCACUUCCGCUUAUUUGGGUUGCUUCAAUAGGGAAAAGAGUACCAAUUAAUUUCCCAUAGAACUCUAUACAAACCUUAUGCCCUCCCAGUUAUUUACUAAUUCCUGAUAUCAUUUGAAAGUUCGUUCUAAGCACUUAUUAAAAACAUGAAAAAAAAAAAAUACCAUGCCGCAACGUUUAUAGGUCAAAUUUGCAGUUAUUUAGAACUUACAGCGAUCGGCAGUAAAUGAUACCCUGCCAAAAAUAUCAGUCCCCUUUUCUACAAUCUCCCCUGAUAUUUAUAUUUUCUGUAAUAUUCCUACAUUCCAUCACUUAUUUCAAAUAUUAAUAUUUUUAUUUUAAAAUGAAAAUAUUUACACACCUGAAUUCAGCCAAUCAGGUAAAGCCUACCCAUUUAGUACUCUGCUUCAUCUUGUUCAACCAGGAAAUGAUGUCAAACUUUCGGUGCAUUGGUACUCUUUUUCCUGUAAACUGACGUUUUAUGUAUAUCUUGUUCAACCAGGAAAUGAUGUAAACUUCCGGUGCAUUGGUACUUACAUAUUUACCUAUCCCAGAAUUAGUCAAUUUUGUAAUUUUCAAAGACCUUGUACUUACCAAUAUACAUGUGUGAAAUUUGAGGCCUGUCACUUCAGUGUCUGGGAAACUGUGACCAUCUUAAUGAAUGACCCCUUCCUGCUGCAAGCACUGUUCCAGAGAGUGAAAAACUUCAUUCCUGUGAUGAGAUCUGGAUACAGUUGUGACUGUAAUGAAUAUAAUAUUUAUAAAAUCACAUGAUUUUGUUUUUUGAUGUUAAUAAAAUGAUAUAAAGUCUCA